AUUUGGAACAUUAUCUGGACAGUAUCGAAAACCUCCCAUUUGAACUGCAGAGAAACUUUCAGCUCAUGAGGGACCUGGACCAAAGAACAGAGGGAAGAUUGUCGGAAGACUAGGAUGUUUCUGCUCCACUGGAUUGAUAACAUUACUAUCAAAAAAUUCAUUGUGGCUGUAGACCGCAAGUCAUGUUGGUAGAGAAGUCCUUAAACAGAAGGAAAGAGAGAAAGAAAAAAAAAAGAAGAAGGAAAAGCAGCAAUUAACAUCAGGAUCUCUACACUGUAUUCUUCAACCUUACAGAAGCAGUAGAUACCAUCUGUGGCCUCUUUUGGAUGUUGAGCAAGUUUGGCUGCAUUGAGGCAUUCACUUGGAGCCUGAGGCUACUCUACAGUGGUCAGAUUGGUCUCUUCAAAGUCAAAGAUGUCGUCCGUUGGAGCCAUCCCCCGUACCUGCUGAAGGAUAUAUAGGUCUUAUCUUCCACCCUUAAGUAGCCAUGCUCAAAGAUGUGACAAGCUGGUGUUAGAAUACCCAGAGCUGUGAUUUCAGCUACCCUGGACCUGAAGGCUGAAAUUGACAAGUUGGCCACUGAGUAUAUGAGUAGCGCCCGCAGCCUGAGCUCCGAGGAAAAAUUGGCCCUUCUCAAACAGAUCCAGGAAGCCUAUGGCAAGUGCAAGGAAUUUGGUGACGACAAGGUGCAGCUUGCCAUGCAGACCUAUGAGAUGGUGGACAAACACAUUCGGCGACUGGACACAGACCUGGCCCGUUUUGAGGCUGAUUUGAAGGAGAAGCAGAUUGAGUCAAGUGACUAUGACAGCUCUUCUAGCAAAGGCAAAAAGAAAGGCCGGACUCAAAAGGAGAAGAAAGCUGCCCGUGCUCGUUCCAAAGGGAAAAACUCAGAUGAGGAGGCUCCCAAGGCUGCCCAAAAGAAGUUAAAACUUGUGCGCACAAGUCCUGAGUAUGGGAUGCCCUCAGUGACCUUUGGCAGUGUCCACCCCUCUGAUGUGUUGGAUAUGCCUGUGGAUCCCAACGAACCCACCUAUUGCCUUUGUCACCAGGUCUCCUAUGGAGAGAUGAUUGGCUGUGACAACCCUGAUUGUUCCAUCGAGUGGUUCCACUUUGCCUGUGUGGGGCUGACGACCAAGCCUCGGGGGAAAUGGUUCUGCCCACGCUGCUCCCAGGAACGGAAGAAGAAAUAGAUAAGGGCCUUGGAUUCCCACACAGUUUCUUCCACGUCCCCGGCCCUGGGCUAGUGGGGAGAGGAAAGCCUGUGUUGGGGCCCGGGGGCUCAGGGAGAGCGGAUGGCGCAGUGUUGUCACCCCUUCUCCUUCCCUCUCCCCACUCCUGGUGCUGAGGCUGCAUCCAAACCCUGGUAGGGAGGGGUGCUGCAGCCGCUAACUGUUUGUGCUCUCAUUCAGCCUGCCCCCCUCAGAGGGAAGUGGUUAUGCCCACUGUCCUUUCGCCUCCAUGCCGAGGUUGGUGCUGUAUUUCCGAGGGAUGGUCCUCUUUACUCCCCUUGCUUUGUAUUUAAGGACUUGGGGCAGUAGCAUGGGGGCACUCCCCAGCCCUCCUAAUUCCCUCCCCUGUGGGGGGCUGUGGUGUGAUAAGCUUUCUUUGUUCUCCUCCUGCUUUUUCCAUGGUAGGGGCGCCCCCAGAGCAUCUGGGCAGUGGCCUUAGUUGAAGGGGCACCCCUUCCUCUGUGCCAACAGGAUUCAUCCUGGCCUUGUGAAUGGGAGAGGGGGCAAGGUGGAAUGCAGAUCGCUCACAUGUAAAGGAAUUUGAGUAGGUGAAUAAAAGCUCUGCGUGUUGGUCUGCUGUGUUUACUGUAGACACUAUUUUAGUACAUGUGCUAAUUAAACUUUUUUUUGCAUCCUCCGGGUUGGACUAGAGGGGGGAGGAUGACAAUGCCAGAAGUAGAACGAGACAUAGAACCAGAAGUGGUACCCCUGCUCCAGAGUCCACAACUUCUCACCUUGGGGAGGACAAAGCUGGCUGGGGGGUGUGCCUCCAGGGCUUUCCAAAACUUUUUACAAUUAUGCAUCUUUUCUCCGUAAACCAUCUUUCACUUGAUUUCCAAUAAACGUGUAUUUGUGUUUUGUGCAUGUACUAUUACACUA